UGAAAUGUGGGCUGCGUCAGGAGGCAAUCAAAACAUUCAAGUCACUCGAGGCUCUUGUCAUCCAAAAAAGUCAAUCACAACGAACUUAAAGGAAUCUAUUCCAGCUCACCUGGACUGGAGACAUGACCAAAGAGACUGAAACUCUGGGAGUGGUCUUUCAGAGCGAGAAUUUCAACUAUAACCGCUACAACACAAACUACACCAUGGAGUCCUGGCCGUAUAUGGAUAGUCCCAUGCCCGAGGAGAACCUGGCCAAACCCAGACUCCACCCAGGAGACGACCUGGCGGCUAUAACUAUGCUUUACGAACAGUGCAAGAGCCAGAAGGACCAGAAAGUUCCUGCCUGCAGUCGAAACAGUAGCAUCUUCAAACCAACAGAAAGGACUCCAAGCAAUGAUCUCAUAUCACUGGAAACAUCCGGCAACGUCAUGAAGAUCCUUUCAGAGAACGUCCCCACCGGCUACUCCCUUGAGGUCUUAGGAUCCAAGCAGAGCGCCUCCCUGCCCUCCAACGCCGACACCUACGCCACCCUGACCAGCGUGGCGGCCGAAAGCGACAAACAAGAGCUCAAUAUCAUCUUCGACUCUUUGCUGCAGAAGUGGCCCGAGAGUAGCGCGUUCCCCGACCCCAACGCGGAGACUCUUACCUACAACGAUCCCUUCCCCGAGGACCACUCCAGUCCCGUCUACUCGGGUUCCUACUCCGGCUCUCCACCUGAGACCUACAGAAGCGAGUUCCAAUUUUCCCUGGGUGCCCCCGCGGCCUCCUCUUUCAAAUCCAGCGAGUUACCCAUGGUCUAUCUGAAUAAGGGGCAGUUCUACCCCAUCACUCUUCAGGGAGUGGACAACAACACCUGCGUAACUACGACCAAAGUCAAGACGGUGGUGAUGGCCGUGUUUGAGAAUGACAAAACGCCAGAAAUGCAGCUUCGCUUUUGGAACCACUGGCAUGCGCGUCAGCCGACUGUCAAACAGAGGGUCAUUGACAUUGCGGACUACAAAGAGGUGUUCACCGGCAUUAGCAACAUUGAGGAGGUUGCCUUCAACGCCCUCUCCUUCGUUUGGAAUCCCCAUGAUGAAGCCAAGGUGUUUAUCGGCAUUAACUCGCUAAGCACCGAUUUUUCAUCGCAAAAAGGCGUGAAGGGCCUCCCUCUCAACCUGCAGAUCGACACGUACGACUUCAGCUCCGGGAACAAUCAGCUCAUACACAGAGCCGCCUGCCAAGUCAAGAUUUUCUGCGAUAAGGGGGCUGAGAGGAAGAUGCGUGAUGAGGAGAGGAAGAGGAGCAAGAGGAGGGGCAAAACGAGCAAUGAUGCCAACGCCAAGUCUUUAGUGAGCAGCUCAAUGGGCUGCGACUGCACUUUCUUCCAAACUGUGGAUGACCGCAUCACCCAGCCGGUCCUCUUCAUCCCAGAAGCACAUCUGUCCAGCUUACAGCGCAUGGCCACGCCUAUGGAUGAGAGCGAAAGAACUUCUAUGAAGAGGUUGUACUCGGACAGAGAGCAGAGCAACUCUCCGCCUAGCAAGCAAGUACGCAGAGAUGAAUCCCAAAGAGGUAAGAAAACUAAAUUUGACGGUUAUCAAGCUAACAAGUCAACGCUUUACGUUUGGAUUCCUUUCCCAAAAGUUCUGCUGUACGUGAGGAGAGCCACCGAAGAGGUUUUCGACGCGCUCAUGCUAAGGACGCCAACGGUGUCGGGCCUACGAGAAGCUAUUUCAGAAAAGUACGGCAUGCAAGAAGACACCAUUGGGAAAAUCUACAAGAAAUGCAAACGAGGAAUUUACGUCAAUAUGGACGACGUCAUCAUCGAACACUACACCAAUCAGUCCGCUUUCCUCAUCGAGAUAUCCGAAGUGGUCAGCGGUCGAUUCCAGGUCACUCUCAUCGAAGUAUGAUGACGCCAUCUUGGCUACGUUCCUAAAGCACUAGGCCAUCGGAACAAAACAAAGCCAGCCGGCCAUGGACUGACCGUAACAAUUUCAGACGUAAAUAUCUCCAUUUUGUAAAUAAUGCUAACCCCCCUCCCUCCAAAGCAAUUAUGAUGUCAUACUUGUACAUAUGAGUUUGUAAUGUAAAUAAGUUUUAUUAUGACUGUUUUAUGAACUUCAAUUUUUUUUACAAUUCAAUGUAUUUCAGAUGAAUUUAAUUCGCAGGGCGCGCCAACAACUAGCAUUAGCAGGAUGCUAUCGGCGUUCUUUUUAAAUAUACCUGUCACCAAGGCUUUGUAAUUCUUUUUUUUUUAAUCACGUAAAAAAACAAAAAGCCUACUGAUUAUGUUUCUUAACUGCCGCCACCUCGUAGGUUUCCUGUUAGUUUCACCACAAAUUAAUUCAGAAACAAACGUCACACAUUUCCCUCCAUCAAACCACACGCAAAGUUAGUAUUGCUCAUCAUUUAGCCCCGAAACUUUUCCCGUUUGUUUGAUGGAGACAGUACAAGUCGUAGUAUGAAUGUAAUGUGAAUGUUUGUGUGUGUGGUUUUUUUUGUGCUUCCUUGUAAGUUACGCAUCAUUUCAAAGCGAACAAUAUUUCAUCGUUUAAGCAAAAUUGUUGCAUUGGUCAUAUCUUGCCAAUUAUUUUGUAAGAAAAUAAACAACUGUAUGA